GAAGAAAUUGAUAAAAUAAGUUGAUUAAUUUAAUAUCUUUUAAUGUAUGGACAUAAUGAAUUUAUAUUACACAAUUCUUAAUAUUUACAUUUAUGGUGUCUAUGAAAACUUAAAUCGUUUCAAGAUAUAUGUAAAAUGAGUAAAGAAGAAAGUAUUAAAGAUGAAAUAGUUACUCCAGUUUAUGUGUCUUGUUCAAUUAAUAGUACACCACAUUGUUUGGAUUGGGGCCCAAAUGGACUAGUAAUUUUUGGUUCUAGUCAUGCUGUCCAUAUGUACGAUCCUUGUAUUAAUGACGAUUGUGAUGGAAAAAUUAUUUCUACAUUCUUAAAUCAUACCAAACGAGUGAAUAGUGUCAAAUGGGUACAACAUAUGUGUAAUGAUCAAAUAACUCAAGAUUUUGUAUCAUGCUCUGCAGAUAAUACAGCUGUAUUAUGGGAAGGCGUCCAACCUUCAGGAUUUUAUAGACAUAAUGAAAAGCUUAUUGGACAUACUGAUGUUGUUACAUCUAGUGAUGCAUUAAGGCUUUCAAAUAAUACAUUUUAUAUUGCCACUGCAUCUGGUGAUUGUACUGUAAGAGCUUGGAUAAAAAUUAAAAACUCAAACAGCUCUCAAUGUUUUCAAACUAUUGAAUUUGAUAACAUUUUAUGUUUAUCAUUAAAAAUAACAUCUCUACCUCUGACAAAUUCUUUAUUACUGGCUUGUGGUUUAUCAAACAGUAAAAUUCAGUUAUACCUAAAUGACUUUAGUAAAGAGACUUCAUUUUUUAUCCCAAAUCAUGUUUUAGAAGGUCAUGAAGAUUGGGUUCGCACUUUGGAUUUUAUUUUUGAAGAUGUUGGACUAUUAUUUCUUGCUAGUGGUUCACAAGAUUCAAUGAUAAGAUUAUGGAAGUUUUCAAUUGAAGAAAAUAUCCAACAUAGUUCUUAUGAAUAUUCAAAAGAAACUUUACAGUUGGAACGAAAAAAAAUGAUUAUAGAAAAGAAUGAUGGUUCUAAUUUAACAUACAUUAUUCAAACAGAAACUGUUAUAUCUGGACAUGAUAGUUGGAUUUAUGGUGUGAAUUGGAAAUCAAAAAAUGUAUCUGAUUCAAAGCUAGAAUUAUUAUCAGUAUCUAUGGACAAAACUUUGGCUGUAUGGUCAUUAGAUGAUGAGAGUGGCCUUUGGAUUGAUUUUGUUAGAUUAGGUGAAGUUGGUGGAAAUACUUUAGGGUUUUAUGGAGCAAAAUUUUCACCUGAUGGACAAUGUAUAUUAGCACAAGGGCAUAAUGGAUCCUUUCAUUUAUGGAAAAAGAGCAAUGAAAAUAAAUUAUGGUCUCCUGCAGUUACUAUUGGUGGCCAUUUUGGUUCUGUUGAAGAUUUAGCAUGGGAUCCAGAAGGAAAAUAUAUUAUAUCUGUUAGCUGUGAUCAAACUACACGAAUUCAUGGACAAUGGUUGAAAUCUAGUAAAUCUGUAAUUGAUUCAAAUUGGCAUGAACUGGCACGUCCUCAAGUGCAUGGGUACAAUAUGUCUAGUGUUGCUAUUUUAUCCAGUUUAAGCUUUGUGUCUUCAUCAGAAGAAAAAGUAAUACGAGUAUUUCAAGGAUCAUACAACUUUAUUGAAAACAUGAAUAAUUUAGCAAAAGUUCAAUUUCCUUCUUGUGGUAUAACAAAGUUGUCUUUGGGAGCUUCAGUUCCAUCUUUAGGUUUAUCGAAUAAAGCAGUUUCUGAAAAUGAAUGCCAAAAUAAAGCUGACAAAAAAAAAAAGAACUACCCUGAACAUUAUUUUGUUCCUUUGGCACUAAAACAACCUCCAACUGAAGAAGAUUUAGUACAAAAUACUUUAUGGCCUGAAAUUCAAAAAUUAUAUGGUCAUGGAUAUGAAGUUUAUUGUUUAGCAUCUUCGCCUAAUGGAAAAUGGAUAGCAUCAGCUGCAAAAGCAACAUCAAUAGAACAUGCUGCAAUUAUAAUAUGGUCUGUAGAAGAUUUUCUGCUACUGCAGAAAUUAGAAUCUCAUAAUUUAACAAUCACUCAAUUGGCAUUUUCACCUGAUAGUACAAAACUUCUUUCAGUUUCACGAGAUCGUACAUGGUCCUUAUUUGAAUAUAGCACUGACUUAUGUAUUUUUAAUCUUGUUUUUAAGUCAAAUAAACACAAUGGAAUACAUACAAGAAUAAUAUGGUGUUGUGCCUGGUCUCAUGAUUCAUUUUAUUUUUCUACUGGCUCUAGAGAUGGUAAAUUAGUUAUUUGGAGUAAAUUUGAUGAAUAUGAACCAAAUAUGGAUCUCAACCAACUGUACAGAGCUAAAACGGAGCCAUUAUUAAUACCAGAAGAAAGCAUCACUUCAAUGGAUUUUGCUCCAAUGUACAUAUAUAAUAAAUCAUAUCUUAUAGCUCUUGGUUGUGACUCUGGGAGAAUAUUUUUGUUCAAAUGGAGUUCAAUUGAAGAAAAAACCAUUAUACCCUGGUAUAAAAUUUCUGAAUACUAUGGAGAAUUUGGACAUCAUUUGACUGUUAAAAAAAUUAAAUUCCAGCCAACUUUGAGUAAAAAAAAUUUUAAGUGUGAUGAAAAUAUCUUACAAAUAGCUAGUUGUGGUGCUGAUAUGAUGGUUCGAAUUUAUAACAUAAAUAUAAGCAAUCUGACAAAAUCUAAAUGACUAUAUAUAUAUAUAUAUGUGUGUGUGUAUAUAUAUCAUUUAUUGUAUUUUAGUUAAUAUAAUA